AUGGCUCUCACGUACUUUGCUGAUUUUUGGUACUCACUAGAGUCUUGUCUGACAUGCUUCCAAUCGCCAACUCUGAAAAUUAACCGUCGAAACUUCAAAAUCGUCAAGUUGCUUGGCGAGGGUGGCUUUUCCUACGUGUAUUUAGUUCAAGCUAGCUCUGGUGAACUUUAUGCCAUGAAAAAGAUCCGGUGUCCGUUUGGCCAAGAAAGUGUACGAAAUGCACUCCGAGAAAUUGAAGCAUAUAAACUUUUUGACUCGCCGCAUAUUAUUAAAGCUAUUGACUCAACUGUAGUCCAGGAACCUGACGGGUCCAAAACUGUAUACAUUAUUUUGCCGUACUUCCCUCGUGGAAACCUCCAGGAUAUCAUUGACUCCAAUUUGGUCAAUGGAAAUCACAUUCCAGAACCAGAGCUUCUGACACUGUUUUUAGGCGUAUGCCAGGGCGUGCGGGCCAUGCACAAACAUGUCAUGAAAAAUGGCGGCGCACGGGUUUCCGGUUCCCGACCAAACCUCGAAACAAGACCUUAUGAUACAAACUCGUCUGAACAGCAACUUCUGGAAGCUCGCUCUUCGUUUGUUCUGGAUGAUGAAAUUUCGGUAAUGACUGGUGGAGAUGACGAAGACGAUGAUAUUAACAUGGACCUUGAAGAGGACCUCAAUUCAACAGCUUUAGGGACAGUCGUACCUUAUGCUCACCGUGACAUUAAACCAGCAAACGUUAUGCUGGAUGCUGCGGGUCAACCAGUACUUAUGGAUCUUGGAUCGACUGCACGCGCACGUGUUUCUUUACCCACACGCCAAUCUGCUCUUCAGUUGCAGGAUCUUGCAGCAGAGUUGUGCACGCUGCCGUACCGUGCGCCGGAGUUGUUUUACGUGACAACAGACUCGACGAUUGACGAGCGUGUGGAUGUAUGGAGUUUAGGAUGCACAUUAUUUGCGCUUAUGUACCAAUCUUCUCCGUUUGAGUUGCAGGCUGCCGAGUCAGGUGCCAGCUUAAAUAUGGCCAUUUCCUCGGGUGAGUUCAAGUUCCCUAACACGCCGGCGUACUCUGAGGAACUUAAGGAGGUUGUGCGCAAGUGUUUAACAGUUGAUCCUAAACAACGGCCUUACAUUGAUGAGAUAAUAACGCGUGUAGAGAAUUUGAUUCAUAGUUGA